AUGAUUAAGUCAUACAAGAAAAAAUUUAAAUAUUUGAUUUUUUUAUGUUUAAUUUUAAAAACGUUAAUUUUCACUGUCUACAAAUUAAACGAGUUAAAAACUUCAAACGGUUCGUACGUGACAUUAGGCGAGAGUAUGUUGCGUGGGGACCACCGGGCGGGCAACCACCUUUUCAUGUUGGCGGCCCUCUUAAGGUUCUCCCACUUAACUGGCAGGAAGAUCAUCAUGCCCGUCAACAACAACACUUGGUACUUGGAUAAACUCUUCGACUUCCAAAGAUAUUCUCAAUCAAGAUACAACGAUGGAAUUAUAAGAUGGGUCUUGAGAUCCGCUCUGAACUUCGCAAGUGAUGGAGAAGUAGUCAGAGAACAGUCUCAAGAGAAUAGUAUGGUCAACAGUAUCAAAAGCCGAGGAAAAGUCAAGAGCAAGAAGAAGAGUAGAUUACUAUUGUCACUAGAGAGAAGGAUAUCAUUGUGUAUUUUAAGUAAAGAAGUUUCAGUACUGUGA